ACCUUCUAUACUUCCAACGUGUUACACUCUCCGCUAUCUGAUAAAACUGAACUAUGGAUACUUCGACCAAGAACAACUUGACAGACAUGACCUCCGAGGCUUUAAGACAUGUCUCCUUGGGCGACCUUGCAAGGGCUGAAGAAUCAUAUCAACACAUCAUCCCCGUCAUGCAGCAACAGGAAGGUACAGAAGCUGCUUCCAGAGAGCUCUACAAUCUCUCGAACGUGCGGAUACAACAACAAGAGUACAGCGAAGCAGAAUCCAUCCUGCGGGAUCUGCUUGUUCCGCUUGCUCAACGUCCCGUCGAUGAGGACACCGUUCACUUUCUCGAGCAAGAAGCCGGGUCGGUUCGCAUGCUUUCUCAAAGCUUGUCAGGACAGAGCAAGGUCAAUGGCACGCUUCAGGAUGGCUUCAAGGAUGUGAAUGAGCAGAUGCAGGCGCGAGGUACUUGCUAUGGAUUACUAGCGAAUUAAUCUAUCGAGCGGUGACGAGUCAUCUCAUCAUCCUCAAUUCCUCAGGG